UAACGUUUCGGCGCCCAAGUUCACACAUUUGACAAGACUUUCGUAGGAGUUUUGAGCAUUCCCAGGGGUAGUUUUAUGACUCUGGUGGCAGUUUAACCCUUCUUCUGUACUAUUAACCUAAAAGAACACUCAUUAUGACCUGGCUGAUCUCCUUUUUGGCCUUUGGAAAUAGUUGAUGUAAGAGGCGGACCGGAUGCUAGACAGCGUGGAGGAAGUGACACUCCUGCCGUAAACAACAAACAGACGGGAGGGGGCGCGGCGUGACCUGAUCAUAAUGGUGCGAGUACGACUAUUGCUGUAUGUGGGUGCGGCAUUCAUUUUCAUCCUCAUUAUGGCUGCUUUUACACCAGAGUCCUUUAAUCUCAAUACGUUACUGCACCCUGUUCCCCGUUCCCCCCCUCUCAAGGAAACUUUUAUCGAAGAGUUCAAUAGAGAAGACAUCAAAGCUGACAACCCCAUAGUGGUGCGGGCACUGAAGGAGCGUUUCCUUGUCCCUCCAUCACACUUGCCAUACAAUCUCUCUCAGCCAGAAGAGGAAAAUCCUUCCAUGGGUCAGGCCCAAAGAAUUGAUUAUAUUCUUAAAGGGAAGCGCAAUGGUUUCUACAUUGAGUGCGGUGCCCUUGAUGGUGAGAUUCGCUCAAAUACACUUUUCUUUGAGCGGCAAAGAGGCUGGAAAGGACUCCUCAUUGAAGCUGAUCCCAAAAAUUAUGACAAAAUGGUCCAGAAGCACAGGAAGGCCUACAUGUCCCCCACCUGUCUGUCUCCCACCCCCACCCCACCAUGGUUUGUGAUGUUUCAGCAGCAAGAGAACCAGGGACACAUUGUGGGGAAGCCCGAGGAAGCUGCUGCUGGGUUGGAUUCGAAAACAGUGGUGGAGGUGCAGUGUUUCCCUCUUUUCUCAUUCUUAAUUGCCCUCAACAUCACAACACUGGACUACUUCAGCUUAGAUGUGGAAGGGGCUGAGUUUACUGUGCUCAAAACUAUUCCUUGGGACAAAGUUGAUAUUAAGACACUCUCAGUCGAGUUCAUUCAUGACCCUGAAGGCAAGGAUGUCAUUGAAGAGUACAUGAAGAACAAAGGUUACUAUGUCCACUCCGAGGUGCGUCACUUUGACUGGUUAGCAAAUGACUUCAUCUUUGUCAGAAAUGACCUGCAGCCAACUUUAACAUAAUACUCAAUACUCAGCUUAGAAUAUUUUUACCACAAUGCUUAGCUUUUAGGUAUUAUCAUUGAUGAGUGUGUAUGAAUCUCAUUAUUGAUAUUGACAAGUGAGUUGCCAUUAUAAGGCUCCAAUAUCUCCUGUACUUACACCCUGCAGUUUAUGUUUUCUUGCCAACUCACCUUUAACAUGUAUUCCUGUGUCUUUAAGCAUUCUUUAUUCAAGUGAUUAAAGCAUCUUUUCAGAAAAGGAUCAUUAUUUCAGCCACAGCAGCAUUCCUCUAGAGUCACUGAAAUUGAGUCACAAUAAAAGCACAUAGAACCACACACACACCAUGACCAUUGUGAGAAACACACUCUGCAUUCUCUCCACUCACUCCUUAAAUGGAUCAUCAUCAAAUGCAAACUCUGCCACAGAGGCAAAUUAAAGCUUGAAAUUUUUAAAUGACAGAAAAAUAAAGCUGCAGAGAUGUAGGCAGGAGAAAAGCUGAUGCAAGUCUUUUCAAUUUAUUAAAUUAGAUAUCUAGAUACUCCUUACUGAUACUGAUGUGUUCUCUGGACUCAUCAAGUAAGUGCAUGAAUGAAUAAGUGAGGGACUGAUGAAUGGAGUGAGGGGGACUGUUACAGGUCUUCGUGGUAGGAAAGGAGAUUUAGCUCUGUCAAGCAUUCACCUUUGACAAACCUCAUUCAUUCCAGAGUGUGUACCAUUCAUAAUUAUUUUUAUUUUUGCCAUUUUUAUGCCACUCACAAUCAGUCAGGCACCACGUCAUACCAUAUCCAUGAUUGUUUUUCAUCUUUCAUAAAUAUUUUGAUAAAAUUCACAUCAUUCAUAACCCUCUUCAUGAUGGCUAGAUUGUUUCAAACAAUUUACAAUUGUGUAUGUCUUAUACAGUUGCAUCUGUAUAUAUACUGUGACCUUCAGAAGAUAUUAUAAUUGUAUUUUAAUUUUAUAUUAAUCCUAUUCCAUUACUGUGUAUAAUGUAGUACAUUUCAAGUUUCAAAGAAUGUCACAUAACAAUAAUAACAAGAUUUUCAUUUAAAGUUAUUUUGGAGGAAGGUGUAGUAACUGUGUUAUAUUAGGUAGUUAAUCAAUGUUUUAACUAAUAUUUAGAUAAUUUAUAUUGUGUCAAUAGUAUUUGAGUGUAAAGCAUAGAAAUUAGUAUUCCCUACAAAUAUGUUUCUUUCUUGCUUUCUUCCACUGGAAUAUUUGUGUAGUGGUGUGUAGAAAAUACAUUUUUUUAUUUUUGAGAUCCUUACAUACUUUUCAGCAACUAUGUAUUAGCUGCACAUGGCCUCGGUGCUCACCUCCCCCUCAUUGGCCUUUGACCCUGGGAUGGGUAAAAAACCAUUACCCUGGGACACAGGGCAAAUGUGGCAUCUGAGUUACCUUCCUCAACUUUUCCCCAGAUACCCAUUUAUUGACUAAUGAAAGGGAGGAUGAAAAGCUGGGUAAGCUGGAUGCUGACUGCCCCAGGUGGGAAUCAAACUGCCCGCAUAUUAGAGGCUAGGCAUGACAACCAGUAGACCAUGAAGGCACUUGUACAGUAUAGCCCAUAUGCAUUAGCAUUCUUUGAUUCAGAAUUGCAAAUAAGUCAACAAGGCAAAAGAUCUUUUAUUUUUAAAUUUUUAGAAACUGCAUGAAAAUAAUCAUAAAUUGCUCUUCAGUCAGCAAAGUACCAUCUUUUAGAGAUUCAAACUCAGUAGGGCAGCAUGUCGUUGUUAUACACAAGGAAAGUUUGAAGAAGUACUCUAGUUGACACAUGCCUCAUUCAGAUGAAUGGACUUCAUGCUAUCUGGCAUAUACUACAAUACAAUGUCUUGCAUUUCAAGGAGCACGCUGUUAUGCUCAGAACUUUAGAUGUGAAUGACGAGACACAACCUGAAGGCCUCAGUUGGCUCUAGGUGGUGUUUAUAAGUAUUUAUGUAUACAGUCAUUUGUAUUUUCAUGUCCAUGUUACAUUCUGGAAAUAUGCUGCACAAACUGGAUGCUACAUUCUGUGGUUUUGGGGUUCCAGAGAAGUGAUCAAGAAGGAUUACCAAAUGAUUCCGGUUUUGUUUUAGUUUUCAAUAACUUUGACAUUUUCUUUUUUGCCAAAUUUUCACAGAAUAAACAUGAAUUAUAAAGGAAUUGCAGUAAUAUGAUACAGUUGAGCACCCAUAGAAGUGAAAAUGAAAGUGAUUAAUGCUGCUCACCUCUGCCCAUGCUCCAUAUCCUCUGUUUCCAUGUACCAGCUGACCAACUGCUGGUUGUUAUGUUCAUUACCUGCUUUAUAUUUUCAUUACUUAAUUUUCAUAGAAAGAAACGGGCAUUAAUAAGUAAUUUGCAGUAAAAUGAUGCAUUUCAGUGUCCAGCAUUAAAAAUUAAAGUGGCAGACGCUGCUCACCACCGCCUACACUCUUUCAUUAAGGGAAAUGAUCAUGAGCCCCAAAAUACUUUGUUACUGACUAUAAGGCUCAUUCUGUGCUUCGAUUACACCCAAUACCUGUAUGCAAGCAUGGAAUUUUUUUUUUUUUUUUUUUUUUUUUUUUUUUUUUUUUUUUUUUGAGGGUGUGAGGCUAAUCCCCUAAGUCAGCUAUUCAGCUAAGUUGACAAGGUUUCUGCCCCAGUUUUGCCAACUUAAAGAGGUUUUAUUGUAUUACGUACUUCUAAUGAUAUUAGGUGGAUGAUAUUCUUGAUAUAAGAUAGUACAUUAUUUUGGUAAAGCUAUAAUCUCUAUGUGUGUGUGUGUGUGUGUUUUACUGAUUACUGUUUCUUUUUAAGACUUGUUAAUGUUGUUUACAUGCAAGUGUGAGUGUAUUCUCACAGACCUAAAUUCUGCCUAAUUUGCUGGCCAGAGUGUCUCCAGGAAAACCUGAGGUUUGAACAUAGAAGCACCAAAUGACAAUGCCAUUGCAACCAUUAGAUGACACACACACAGACCAUAUAGGAGUGGGGCAGGGAAGAAUGGGAGAAUGGAGUGGAAGUAGGUGUUAUGGUUUGCUCUGACUGUGAAAACAUUAGAUGGGCACGAUAAUCUGAUAACUUUAAUACAAUAGUUUUGGUUUCAGCCCCACUCUCCCACCACUAUAUAAUUCAUGUGAGACAUCUCCAAAUUUAAAAAGUUACUGUUAUUUGGUGCUUCGAAUGUUUGAACCUCAGGUUUUCCAGUCACACUUGGGCUGAGAGGGAUGUAAAACUUUUCUCCACAAGUGUACAUGUGUGUGUGUGUGUGUGUUCUUAUAUGUAGAUUAAUAUUUAUUUUCAUGGUUUGAGGGUUACUGUAUUUGAUUACUUUGUAGACAGUUACACAUUUCACUUUGGAAAAUACUGCCUAACCUCUGAACUGGAAAGAGGUAUGGAGACAAUAUAAUAGAACCUCCAAAUAAUUUCCCAGUCUUCCUCGUUUGUAUCAGAGUGAGCAAUGAAGGUACAUCAGAUUAGUUGUCAUUAUGUUUAAUGUGUUUCUUCACAAAGUGCAAACCUGAAGUUCAGUUAUCCUACCUUUAGGAGUUCUAUCAAUAAAGUAUGUUGCUUGUUGUGUCAGCAGGGUUUGCCUUUGUGAUUAGUAUUCAUAGUGCAUUCUGUGUCUCAUUACUUUAUGCAAUGUUAGCUUUAAAUAAGAGAAAGCCUUGAAUCUGAAUACAAGACACACCAAAGGUUUUGAAAGUAAUAUGGUCAUUAUCAGUUUAAAAACACUGAUCACAUUGAAUCUUAUUUUCACAAUUUGUCUACAAAUACCAGAAUAUCACCAUGAAACAUAUUUUUUGGCUCUAUUGUGCUGCCAUUGAAAAGAUAUUGUAUUUAUACAUUUUUGGUAUCCAUAUUAGAAUUUAUGAAUAUGGAGAAAGCUGUGCUGACCUACAUUAUCAUUCAGCAAUGUUUUCUUUUGCUUAGGUUCACACAAAAUUUCAUGGAGACUGAUAUAUAAAUUAUGCCUAUUGUUUAUUAUGGUCAUGCUAUAUAUUAAUCAAAGGAUAUUAUGUAUUUAUUCAUUAAUAUUUAGUAUAUUUAAGAAACAUGUCCUACAGAAAAAGUUCUUAGGCUGCUGUGAAAUUUAUAUGUCAAGAACUCAUGUUCAGACAUCACUUGUUGAUGUCAGGUCACACAUAUAUAUUUUAUACACAAGCAAGGGACCAUGCACAUUAUAUGAAAUAUGUAUGUGCCAUUGUUUAUCACACCGAGCAAGUACCAUGCACCUUUAACAAAACAUUUACUUUUGUUUUUAACACAAGCACAUUUGAUACACCUUUUAUGAAACUUAUAUCUUUGUAUUUUACCUGAGAUUAAGUACCAUACCCUGUUUACCAAACAUGUAUGCACCUUUAAUUUUGACACACGAGCAAGUACCAUACAUCUAUGAAACAUGUAGUACCUUUUUAUUUUACAGGACAAAUUACCAUACACUAUUAAUGAAAUAUUAUUGAAGGACGGACAAAUUCUCCUCAAAGCUCCAAUUGUAUUGAAUGCUCUCUUUGCUGUUAAGAAGCUGUGAAUAUUGCCACUCAUGGCAAAAAGAUGAUUCCCUGGCUACUCCUUGUGGGUAUUUACUCACCUUUCGUAACUGCUCCAGAUUAAUUCCCAGUGUUUCAGAACACUGAUGAGUAGCAAAGGUGAUUUUCUCAAAUGUAUGAAAAUGCUCAUAAAGAGAUGAAGUUAAAGCACAACAGUGUCACAAACUUGGUAAUUAAGAUAAACUGAUUUCCAUAAAUCAGAGCUUGAGUAAUCCUAAUUUUACAGAAUAUCCAUUUUAAAAUGACUGAAGGUGUAAAUUCAAGAAAAUUAAUAUCUCCAUUGCAGGGGCAUACCCAGAGCUGUAAAAGUGGGGGAUCUUUUUCCACUAAAUGUGGACCUUUGUAACCAUUUGAAGAGGGGUGAGUGGUGAGUGAAGCAAGCCAGAUCAGCUGGGGGUUCGGAGUUUUGAAAAAUUGACAUUUCUGGGUGCAUUUUCCUGAUGUCAAAAUGAAAAAUGUUCUUGAGCUUCGUUUACAUGCCUGCAAAUAACUCUUAUACUCAGUGCAGAAAUGUUAUAGGAUUUCAUUCACAAAUUUGAAGACAAAUGUCGCAUAGAAUUUUUGCUUUAUAAUGCUUAAGACUUCCUUUGCUAAAUUCCCUAAUUAUUUCAUGAAUAUCUUGCCAAAGACUGCAUCAAUGACAAAUCCAAGGUAAAAACAUAGUACUUUCAUUUUUAAUUGCUACAUUUUCAAAUUCUCAUUUGGCAAAAGAUGUAAACUAAUAAAUAUUUAUUAAAAGCCAACAGGGUUGGACCAUGGCUUACCAGUAUAGAUAACCUAGGUAGCCUUUGAAAGGAUACCAUUUCAUAUUUUCACUUCCUUGUAUGAUCUUGAUGUGAGGAAUAAACUGGUCAUGUUGCAGGUGGCUGCUGCUAGGACACAUGAAGGAUCUCUUUAUUAUGUCCAGGUAUAUGUCUCAGAAAUAUUGUAUGUACAGAUUGUUGUGCAUAUUUAUCAGUAUAAGCAAUAACCACAUUUAUAUAGAGAUUAUUCUUGUGCCAUUUGUAAGGUACUAGAGAAACCCUCCAGUGCAUUGGGAGCACUUUAAAAUUUUACAAAGACUUUUAAAAAUAAUUUAUAAUAAAACGCUACAAGCAUC